AUGCUUCAAUGUUUCUAAAACACUAAAACCCUAAAAUCUCUAAAAUCUCUCUAUGGCUUUGGCGGACGUUACUCCUACGACCAAAGUUCGUCGGGAAACGGCGGCGAAAGCCGUGGAAUCUCUUCUUCAAUGGCGGAAUUCCAAACGGGAGAAGCCCCAACUCUUCGACCAAGAAGAUUUUCUAUACCUCAUCGUAACCCUGAAGAAGAUCCCUCCCAAAGGUCGCACAAAUCCUUACAAAAUCCCUCUUCCACAUUCCCUUCACUCCGACUCUUCCGAACUUUGUCUCAUUAUCGACGAUAGAACCAAGUCCAAUCUCACCAAGGAUGAUGCCCGGAAGAAAAUACAGUCUGAAAACAUCCCAAUUUCGAAGGUAAUCAAGUUGUCAAAGCUUAAAUCCGAUUACCGCCCCUUUGAAGCUAAACGGAAGCUCUGUGAUUCGUACGAUAUGUUUUUCGCUGAUGAUAGAGUUAUUCCGCUGUUGCCGAGUCUGUUGGGGAAGCACUUUUACAAAAAGAAGAAGAUUCCGGUGCCGUUGAAUCUGAGGCAUAAGAAUUGGAAAGAACAGGUCGAGAGGAGCUGUUCGUCGGGAUUGUUGUAUUUGAGGACAGGGACUUGUAGUGUGGUGAAAGUGGCGAGGACUUCGAUGGAAGUUGAAGAGAUCGUGGACAAUGUGAUUGCGGCCAUUGAUGGGAUUGCAGAGGUUGUGCCUAAAAAAUGGAGUAAUGUGCGGUCGUUUUUUUUAAAGGUCCUUGAAUCUAUUGCAUUACCAAUUUACCAAACAGUGCCGGAGUUGAAGUUUAAGAUUGAGGCCGGCGUGAAGGGGAAAGAAGAUGAAAUAACAAAAGAAGAAGAAGCAGCAAAGAGUCCUACUCCCGUAAAAGUUGGCAGCAAAAAAGAGAGAAAAUUGAGCAAAAAGAAGGGUAGGAUACAUGAAAUUCGCUACAUGGACACUAAUGGUCGAGAGUUGUCUAAUGAAGAUGAAGGCAGUGAUCUUGAUGAUGUUGAGGUUAAUGAGAAUCUCAAAAAGGGUAGUGAUGAAUUGAAGAAGGGUAAAAAGAAGAAGGUAAAAAAGAGUGAGGUUUCGAAGUCGAAAGCGGCUGGUGAAACAAAGGUCAAGGCAAAGAAGGUUAAAACAGCGAAAUGAUUGUUGGGAAUUUAAUGAAGCUUGAAGCUUUAAAGGUUUUGGAAAAUGUACUGUUUCUGUUGUUCUUAGUUAAAGAAAUUCUGCAAGAUUGAUGUUUGAUCUGUGUUUAAAUACUUCCAUAUCUUUACAUUUAGUUUGAGUAAUUAUGCUUGCUUAGUAAGAGAACCUUUAUAUCAAUCUCUAUAGCUUCUCUUUCCAAACUGAUGAUGCAAUACAUAAUGUGUGGUUGUACCUUUGUAGUAAAUGAUUCACUAGUUUUUGGAGGGCUUAAUUACAAA